AGAGUUUCCCUUUCUACGUCAAAUUCCAUCAAUAGAUCAUCAUGCGUCUUACUAUUAUCGGAAUCCUCCUCCUGGCAACCUGCCUUUCAGCCCGUGCUGAUGUCUCCCAGCUAGUGAGAUCUGGCAAUGGAUUUGUGUAUGAUGUUCCCAAGGUCACAGAGUUGGAACUGGAGGUUAGCAACGAGUUUCCCACUGGAGAGGAAUUCCCUCAGGAUGCCAUUCCCGUGGCUCCCUCAGACGCAGAACUUGGCCAGGCCGAGGAGCCCGAGGAGCCAGUAGAACCAGCACCAGUAGCCGCUGCCUCCUCCUCCUCCGACAGUGUCCAUGGAUACAAGUACCAAGUGCCAAGCCGGCGCUUCAAAAGCUAA